AUGUUCAACUCCAGCACUAACUCCUCAGGAAGCAACUGCAGUCACAGCACAGUAAUAACCAAGACAGUCAUUCCCCUGAUCUACUGUUUCAUCUGCCUCGUGGGGCUCUUGCUGAACGCCGUGGCAGCCUGGAUCUUUCUGUACGUUCCCAGCAAUAAGAGUUUCAUUGUCUAUCUCAAAAACAUCGUUGUUGCUGAUCUCAUGAUGAGCUUGACUUUUCCUUUCAAAAUCCUUGCUGAUGCAGAAAUUGCAUCUCCCCAGCUCAACACCUUUGUGUGCAGAUACUCUGCUGUUGUUUUUUACACCAACAUGUAUAUCGGGAUAACAUUUUUUGGCCUCAUAGGUUUUGACAGAUACUACAAAAUUGUAAAGCCUUUAUUCACCUCCUUUGUCCACACCGUUAGCUACAGUAAGGUGGUCUCCAUAAUCGUAUGGUUAUUGUUAAUUUUUAUAUCCUUUCCAAACAUGAUUUUAACUAACGAAAACCCUGACAAGAAUUAUUCCAUCAAAUGCAUAGGUCUGAAAAGUGAGCUGGGCAAAGUGUGGCACAAAGGGUCAAGUUAUGUUUGCACAGGGAUAUUCUGGGUCGUUUUUCUUCUGCUAAUAAUUUUUUACACCUCUAUAUCAAAAAAAAUAUAUAACUCUUAUAAAAAAUUCAGAAGGAACUCCGAGGCGACCAAGAGAAAGACCAGCCGCAAUAUAUUCUGUAUCAUGUUUGUAUUUGUCAUUUGCUUUGUACCCUAUCACCUCUGCAGGAUCCCCUACACUCUGAGCCAGACUAGCUCAAAAUUCAACAGCCAGUCAAAAGAAACUCUCUUCUACAUGAAGGAGUUUACUCUUGUACUGUCUGCUGCAAAUGUGUGCCUCGACCCCAUUAUUUAUUUUUAUCUCUGCCUACCCUUUAAAGAAAAGCUGUAUCAAAAAGUGUAUCUCAAGCUGAAAAAAGCAAGCGAGGCUGAAAUCUCUAAAUGCAGAAGAUCAAAUACACUUCGGGAAAGUAUAAACACAGUGUAG